AGUCUUGAUCUAGAAAUAAGCCUCUUCCCUUUGCCAUAGUCUGCUGAGAGCACACAUUCUUCUUCACACGACCCAAACUCUUUGCAACUUCAAGACAGCUGGGGCUGAGAGAAUACAGCAGAAAUAAGGCGUAGAUGACUGGCAUAAAGUGCGUGGCUGAUAUACAGAUGAACAUCUGACAUGCCAGGGGAGUGCUGUGCAUGCUGUGCUGUGGAUUUGACAGGCAGAUAGUCUCAGUGCUUGGGUGUGGUGCGAAAACAGGGAAUGGUGAGGGUUGUUGGAGCCAGGCAGACGCAGACGUGGACAGACAGAGUGGGAAUCACGAGCCGUCCCCUCAGACAGCAGGAGGAGAGAUAUUUCCAUCCCCAUCCCAGUGGUUUCAACUGGACUCUCCUCUCCGACUGAACCUGGUUAAGAUCUGCCUGUAUCAUCCUGCUGGGCUGUGCUGGAGGCCUGCGCUGAAACUACGAGUCGCGUUGGGAUUGUAACGACUUCAAUGGGCCGCAACACUUACUGAAACACUGGAGGCGACUGAAUGAGGUUCUUCCUGCAGUCCUGGAGACUCGCUCUCAGAGGGAAAUGAUUCCGCAUGAAUUGCAUGGACCGUUUUCCCACAGCAGGUGUGACUUCUGUUGCUUAAGACUGAAAUCUGUGUCCAUCCGACCAUAGGCACAGGACACAUCCCCUCACACCACCACUCUCCUCUUUACCCCAUCCCCAUCCUCGCUCCCAGCCAGUCAGUGGGAGGGGACACUCUGUUAGCAAUACAAACAGAGACCAAGAGGGAGAGCCAAAAGAGACAGGGGGAAGAAACAUCCAGAAAGAGUGAUACAAGAUUCUCAGACGCCAUGAAGUCAAACCACGAGCGGAGCAAUGAAUGUCUGCCCCCAAAGAAGCGUGAAAUCCCAGCAUGCACUCUGCCCUCAGUGGAGAGGCCCAUGGUGAUGGCGCCUGCCAGUGAGAGCCAGCGUUCGGGAAACCUGGCCUGGCUUGCCAGUUUGGCAAGUGGACAUGACAGAGGGCGGCAGCACACCAGCACCUUCUCCGAACCCGAUGGGCCUCAAUACAAACCGUUGCCAGCCACGGCUGAGAGCACACCUCCCUCGUCCAUGCACUUAACCAGAGCUCCCACUGCAGUGACCACCAUACCUGCCAUGUACACGUCACCCCUCUCUCAGCCUGCUGGCACUAUCCAGUACACACCCCUGCCUCCCAAUCUUCACUUCAUCAGCUCUCCGUACUCUGCACCAUAUGCUGGCUACAUCUCACCUCUAGUUCCCCAUUCGGUUGCCACCACUACCACACAACGUGAGAUUUAUGCCAGCACCUACAGUUCUCCAGGAUCCAAAAUUGACCAGCACCACCAAUUAGGCCGUCCUCCUGGCAUGGUCACAACUGACAACACCUCUUCACCCCACUCCACCCAAUACAUCCAAAUUGCUGGUUCUCCUCUAAGCGUAUCUCCUCGGACUGCUCCGUCAACCCAAGCUCACUUGCCUUCACACUUACACCCUCACCACACGCUCCCCAUCAGUGGCCCCUCGCCAGUCUUACACAUCACACACACAGAUGGACCUUUAUCCAAGAGGGAGGAGACAAGGCCCAGGGAGGUUCUGAACGGAGAGCUGGAGAAGUACAGACGCUUUGGUCCAUCUCCCGAAUCUAGUGCAGGGAAGCAGGGCAGCACUGCCAAAGGGGGUUCCUCUACUCAACAGCACCAGAUCCACCAGCAGCAGAGCCCACGUAACUAUGAGGCUCGGCAUGUGGUGCUACCUGCCGAAUAUGCACAGGACAGCACAGCCAUGCGGACCUCAUUGGUGUUGGUACCCAACAGUCAUAGCUCUGGUGUUGCUGAUCCCAGAGGUACACCUGACAAGCUGCCUCCCCCAAUAUCCCACACUGAGAAAGGAGGGAUUUGCGCAGGCAAACCUGUAUCCCGCAGUUCCUCCUCCUCAGCCUCCCUUCCAUUUCCUCCUCCCCCUCCACCUGUGGACAGUCUGAAGGGUGCAGUUACUGCACUGUCUCCUCAUGACGUCAUCCAGACCACACAUAACACCACAGAGUCACUCUCCCUGGGCCUCCCUUCUGCCAAUUUCUACUCUGCUCAGCAGCCCAUCAUCGGUUAUAUUGCCGGCACAGGGCACCAGCAGUCCCUCAGCUACCACACCAGCCUAUCCCAGCACCUGGUCAUCCCUGGAACUCAGCCGGUCAUCAUCCCAGUGAGUGGAACUGAAGCUACUGCUACAUCGACCACACCGCCCUUGCCUGUGGCACUGCCCCAUGCUUUCGUCACCUCAAUGGCCCCAAAAGUAGAGACUUUUGAGGCUCCAGCCCCAUACCCUCACCCUGCUGCAGCUGUGGUUCAAGCCCAGUUGCAUCUGCCUGUGGUUCCAGCCCCUGCCGGCCUGCUGACGUCUCCGCCGCCACCCUCAGCCCCUUCACUGCCCCUUUACUUCACCAAGGGCUCCAUCAUCCAGUUGGCAGAUGGGGAAUUGAAGCGGGUGGAGGACCUGAAGACUGAGGAUUUCAUUCAGAGUGCUGAGAUCAGCAAUGAGCUGAAGAUUGACUCCAGCACUGUAGAGCGCAUUGACAGCAGUCAUACGCCUAACUUUGCUAUUAUACAGUUUGCUGUAGGAGAGCAUCGUUCACAGGUCAGUGUGGAGGUGCUAGUAGAGUAUCCAUUCUUUGUGUUCGGACAGGGUUGGUCAUCAUGUUGUCCAGAACGGACAACCCAGCUGCUCGAGUUGCCAUGCACCAAGCUUUCAGUAGGCGACGUUUGCAUCUCCCUCACCCUGAAGAACCUGAGGAAUGGCUCCAUCAAGAAAAGCCAGGGGCAAGUCUUGGAUGCGCCUUCCCUCGGUCCACCCCUUAAAUCAGCCAAAGCUCUCUCAAGCGGCGUGCGAGGGGGUGUUCGGCACACAGAACAGGAAAAUGGACUCGGGCAGUGUGGAGAUCAGGGAGGUGGAGGCGGUCAAGGCAAAAGAGAGAAUGGAGAACUGAGGUUUGGCGAAAGAGACAUCUGCAAAGCACCACCGGUCACUGAAUCAGAGUCCGGCAGCAAACCCACAGGCCGCAAAAGGAGGUGGUCGGCCCCUGAGGGUCGCAAAAUAGAAAAUCCUGAAGGAGAGCCUCCUUUAACGUUUCCCAAACCUUCCUUCAUCCCUCAGGAGGUUAAAAUCAGUAUCGAAGGCAGAUCAAAUAUUGGAAAGUGAAUGCGCAUUGGACUGUCAUAUUUUAAAAGCGAAAUUUGCCCUCGGGAUGUUUUAGGUUCUUUAUUUUAUGUUCUGAUUUCACUUUCUAUUCAGAUUACUUUACCUAAAGGCUAAAUUUACUCAGUAUGUACAUUAUCACUUCUAACUUUUUAAUAGAUACAUUUAAUAUUACACAGGCAAUUGGUGCAGUUCAUUUGAUUGGUCAAAUUCAGUGUGGAUGUAGUGCAAGGUGGGAAGGUCGUGAGAUACCUGAGCACUACAUGAUAAUCCUGAAGGCUUCAGUAUACACAAUCAGUCACAGCUAACAAGGCUAAGACAUCUCUCCAGUCUCUCACCUACAACAUCCUCUACUUUUUUUAGCUCAGACAAACCUGGUUUAACUUCACCUAGUGGCAAUUAAAUCAUUCGCCUGCUGAGUGAACCUGAAAAUGUUAGUAAGGGAAGAUAAACAACUGGUGUGAAUAACAUUGUUAAUGGUGGCAGAACGGAAAUCACUCCUCCACUGGUUGCAGGAGUUUACAUGAUGUCAGCCAUCUUGUUUAACUGUGACUAAAAAAGACUAUCCAAAUCAAUGCUAACAAUGUAUCCUCAGUGCAGUUAGACUAGCAUAGAUUAUAUUAACAUUUACUGAAAUGCAAGACGAUGUUUCCAAAUACUAUGGUACAGGCCAAGAGAGAUGAUGUCAUUGAGCGGUGCCACUUGCUCCUCAGAAAGACGAAACUAUCAUUUAAAACAGGGAAGAUGGACGAGUCUGAUUUUAUAUAUCCAAUUGUCUAACAUUUUAUUUGACUAUUUCUGUAGUUUUGCAUGUUUUAAUUUUCCGUCUCGCUUUUCAAACCCUCCUAUAAUACAUGAUGGAUAGUUUUUUUUUUUUUUUUUUUUUUUUCUUUUCUUUUUUGGUGAUGAAUGUGUAAACCUUGCAAUCAGGGGUAAUUUUUUACGUAGACACAGGAUGGGUUCUUGUCUAUGUAUAUGUAUAUGCAUGGAUGUAUCUUGAUGCAUACAAACACAAUGGGUGAGAAGAUCGACCAGUCCCUUGUUUUUAGUGCAGUCUCACCUGUUUUUUGUUCAAACAAGAGAAAGUAUUUUGUUUUGUUUUUUCCGAAAGAAAGAGACCGAAAGUUGUCUGAAAAGGAUGAGAUGAGUGUUGUCCUGAAGCACUUACUUACUGUAACACACCUGUCAUGUUCACUAGCUGAUAGUAGUUUCAAUCAAAUAAGUCAAAUUGUUAUUAUAUCAAUUAUUAUUAUUAUUAUUAUUAAUAUUAUUGCUACUACUAUUUUCUGUUGUUCUUUCAACAUGAACACAGUACUGUAUGGUGUAUCAUGAAUUGGAUGUUGUGUGGCACUCUGUGGGAUGGUGAUGGCUCACAAGGGUCAAUGUGAAUGGAUGAAUGUAACAGGUGAUGAUAGAGAAAACAAUGAGAUUUUGUCCCCAAGAGGACUGCUUUAAAGGAACCACUUUUUUCAUUGUGUAUGAUUGGCUUAGCCUUCUCAAGCAAUCUGAUGGCUUAAGUAAAGUUGGGCGCAAGAGCCCACGGCCUGUGAAAUAACUGCCAUUUAAGUCAUUUAAAGUCAUAUGAAAGUGUGAAUACAGGUGGAAAUAAGCACGGAGACUGUUUAUAUAUUUACGAGAGAUAUGAGAGACAAAGCGAGAAAUUCUGGCUACAGGAUUCUCCGGAGGAUCGAAGGGUGUCAUAUACCUGUUUGUUAGCAAUGUAUGUGGUUGUGCAUGCAUGCGAGACUGUGUGCGGUUGUGCACGGGCUCAAACACACAUAAACACAUACACGGUUACGGUCAUUUUCAAUCAUGUUGAAAUAUGUCAUGUAUUUUUUGUACAUUAACAUGUAUAGAACUGCAUAUGCUAUAUCUAUCUUACUGUAUGAGAGCGCAAGACUACAUGAGCACAUUUUAAUCCCAUCCCCCAAGACACUGACUCAUCGGACGUAUGUGAAAGCAGUCAUGUAGUAAUUUCAGUGAUCUGUAGUAUAUUUGUGUGAGCGUGCGUGAGUGUGUGUUUUGUGUGCGUGCAAGUGUGUGUGUACAUACCACACAUAUUAUAAAUAGAUAUUUAAGUUCUACUUAAAAGAAUAUUGCAAUUUGCACAUCUGGAGAGAUAGUAACCUGAUUUAUUUUGUUUUCUGCCAGCACAGGACAGGGCCGAAAACAAGAUUUUUACUGAAAUGUAGCAGUUUCUUGACAAGUUUGCUCAGUUCGCAGGUCUGUUGGGUUCAUUUUCAUUAGGAAAAUCAGGAAGCCCCUUUUCAGGGGGUUUGAAUCAGACACAAACACAUAAAAGUAGGAUUGUGCAUGGUGCUGUCGAAGUGUUUGCUUCAUAGGGGUGGAUGAAGUCAUAGCCUGUAGCCUGCAUACUUGUUGAGUCCUUUGAGUGGCCACACUCAAGUUAGCUUGGGUAGGUGAAGAUCUGGCAGGAGGAUGGGUGGUAGUAGAGAAUAAAAGAGAGCAUGGAUGGAUUGAGUGCACCCCAUAAACAAUUUGAAAAUGCUUUAUUUUUUUAUAAUAAAACAGGGUUUCUCAGAUCAACACCACAAAUGUGCAUUUUUUUCUUUUUUCCAUUUGACAUGACGUCUCUGUCCCCUCAAAGUGUGUGUGUUUGAGUUUUACUUGGACUGUACUGUAUGUGUGUGGAUGUAUCUGCUUUAACCAAUCAAACUUGAUAUUUUUUUUGUGUUCAACAUUAAUUUUGGGCCAAAAGGUAGAAAUAAGAUGUGAUAUUGUUUAUCCAUUGAACCACCCCAACAAAAUGACUGUCAAUGGCGAAUCAGUCUUGCAUUUGUUUGUUUCUCUGAUCUUUCGCUUUUUUCUGUCUCUUCGUGUAAUGAUCAGUGUUUCCGAUGUUGCUCAUUGCUUCGAUCAUUUAAACGUCUGCCUCCUUCUGGUUGCACAGUGCGGUUCCACGUACACACGAGAAGCAUUCCGAACAACGGCACGUAGCAAUAACACUUAGUCUCUAGUGCUGAACCAAAAAAAAACAACAGAACCGGACAUCAAUGCCAGACCUUCUGUUUGACCUCAGCAAGCUGUUUUUUAUCCUCUUUAGGUUGAUUUGCGGUUUGCACAUCCAGCCCUCAGUAACUUCAGGGAGAAAUGUAAAUUAAUAUGCAGUGACAGAGUCUGUCCCCUCCUAGUCGUCUUAACCUCUAAUCGAUAGUGACCUCCAGAUGCUCUUCAGGUGCCCAUACAGAACCAGUACGCCUCUCUUAGAGUAUGUUUACCCAACCGCAACCGUUAGCUACCUUCUGUUGCCUGGCAUGUACGUGCGACCGCUUUCUCACCCGGCACACCCGCUAUAGUUCAAGAACGUUGUUUUCUUUUCUCUCUUUUUAUCUGUCUCUCUCUCAUUCAUAGCCAUAGAACCUCGACAGUAUUUGUGAUGGCGUUUCAUAUUGCCUAGCUUGUUGAAAAUACAGUAGUUUUUUGGGGGGGUUAAGUGGAAAAGUCAAUUAUAACUAUUCACCUAUGAUAAGUAUUAGAGUCAAUGUAAAUUGACAUUUCAACUCAUUUUACUUCCAUAAUGUGAUGUAUUUCAGAGUUUAAAAGGAUAUUCAAUAAAGAAAACUGUCUUUUCGAACCAGAAUGCAUACCAAAUUGACCCUUUGCAGAGAGCUUGAUUGACAGGCGAUCUGACCAAUCAUAAACAAAUCAGAAAGUAAAGUAGAUUAACUUCGGUGGAACUUGAAAAAUUGUGUGUAUUUUGACGACUUUCCGCGGUUGAAACAAAAUGCCUUCCAAUUUCCAUUUGCUUAUAUUGCUUUGCAUAAAUAUGAAAAGAUUAUCAGUUCACGUGCCGCUUGAACUGAGGCGCUACUGUGAUCUGUCACGACGCAUUAGAGAGCUACAAAAUUAUUUAUUGUUUGAAUUUCUUACAAAAUGACAAAAUUUGAAAGCUGAGACUUUGUUUCAUUCUGGAAGUAAUCUGCUCUAUCUUGUCUGUUGGCACAUUUUCAGUGUCUUCUUUGCUCGGCAAUGUAUUUUUCACUGCGCGAGAACAUAAUGUAUGGCGUGAGAGCGGCAUGACUUAUCGGACGUAGCAAGGGGGGAGGUCUUUGCAAAGGGUCAACUGAUCAAUAUUCAUCCCAUAGCCUUUCUAGCCUAAGUGAUGUCAGUGAACACAUAAAGUUUUUUUAUAUUCUAUAAAAUGAAUCACUCACAAUAAGACCUGGAAUGGGCAUUGAGGAAGUAAAUAGGGUCAAUUUUGAUUCACUUGUUAUGAACCGGGACAAAAGCAAUUGUAAAUGUAUAAUUCCAGCCAGGUGUGUUUUUUGUUUGCAUUUGGACUUGAAGAUGUUACGACUUUUAUCUGAGCAUCCAUGUCACUGAUUGUCUCUCAAAUAUUGAGGAAUAAGUCCAUCUGCAGAUGAAUUAAACAUGCUUGACGUGCAAUGACCUGAAUGAAUGAAACAUCACAGAUGUUCUGUGCCGUCGCAUUUGAUGGUCAUCAAAAACAAAGAGAAUAAAAGAUGCACAUGGUACAGCUGGCGGUUUAUUGUGCUGAUAAUGAUAGUCUCUUGUAACCUCCAUGCAGAGAGAGACAAGAAAAAUAAGAGAACAUUACAAGUGGCAGUCGCUAUUUUGACACUUUUUUUUUAGCGUCAAUGUCAUUUAAAAACUCAAACCCCAAUGAUGAUGUUCUAAACUUUUCUUCUGUUUAAGUUUGACAUGUUACACUUGUAACAGUUCGUGCCAUCUGUAUGUAGCACUGUUUCUGUGGUUUUCAUUCAUAUACCUUCUCCUUUAAAUUGUAUUGCUUGAUUAAAACCAUCUGUAGCCUGUGGGAUUAUGAUUUUAUUUUGCUAUUUGUAAGUGAUAUUGUAGUGAACCCCUAAACUAUCAUUUUUGCACAUUUUUUCUUCAGUGUGUUUCAUUCUCUUUGGCAGAGGGGUGUGUUUGCUGUCUCUGACGUUAUGACAACAUCAUUUGCUUUUCUGUUAAAGGUCAAAAUCUUUCCUUGGGCUUACUCAGGGAUGAGAAAUAGGUGUGAAUGUGUGUGUUGAGGAGGUUGUGUGACCUUUGAAAGGUUUGUGUACAUGUAAAGAGAUACACACACAAUAUAUUCUUGUGUGUUAAACUGCUGUAACCAGAAGCAGUCAUUUCAUUGGCCCUGUGUUUUGGUUUCCCACAAUGUCUCUACACCAUAUGAGGCCUUCCUAACACACUCUGUCCGUCUCUGUGUAUCCGUCUGUUUGUCCGCAUCACAAGCUGUCUGUCCGUCUGCCUGUUGUCCCUUUGACGUCACAAGCCCAGAUCCUCACACAUGCAAGAUUCUGAAAAAAGACUGAGAAAUGAUUCAUCGACCUCAACAAAGUGGGGACCACUUUUAUAGAAACAAACAAAAACAAAAUGCACAUUUUUUUUGUCAUUUAUAGAAUAGAUAGACUUGAUAAUACUGUUUCAGCACUUUCUAAUCCCGAGGAAGAUAGGGUGAGAGGUCGGUGUCAUCACAGUUUCUCCCCUCCAAUACGAAUUGCCUCUGUCUCGGCCCGUUUCUGGGUCCAACGGGCUGAGACGGCGAGGACAGAGAGUUCAAAUAAAGUUGGAAUGGUCCUCUAUGAACCUGAGAUGACUUUACUUGUUGUACUGAUGUGUGCUCGAACACCGUCGUUUGGUUUUAUUUGUUUAAUUUUCAUGUUGGUUCUAUAUUUGACCUUGCUUCAUGUACUUUGGACUUUGUACUUUUGCUUCAGUCUCCUCUGUAGCACUCUUUUAUCAUGGUAGGAGACGAGAGAAAGUGUUUUAAUGAAUGUUUUUAAGAGUUUUCGAGCGGCUCUGUGACAGCUCGCUCUCUCAUAAGAGGAGCACCGCUGACAAUUUCCUUGUUUUUACUUUCAUUUCUCUGGCACAAAUGACAAAAAAAGACAAAUGUUGGAUUGCGAGUUUCAGCAGUUUGAAAAAUAAAUCAAAAGAUUUUCUUUUCUUUCAUUGUGGCUCUCAUUGAAACAACGACAAAAAAUAUGUUUUAUUUUGAGUUUGCUUUUCUUUGAAAUCACUUGUAAAAUCAGUCAGGAUUUCUCUGUUCAACUUGACUGUUGUUUGACAUCUUGUCAAUUGUCCAAACCGCUGGAUUAAUAACCUCAGGCUGAGAAUCUUCUACAAGCCCAAUAACUAACUGAUGUAUGGGCUGCUUGAUAUGGGUAUUGUAACUAGUCUUAUUGUUAAUUCUAUAAUUAAUAUAUGAGCAUUCAGCUAUAUCAGUGCUGGAUAGUGAAAACAGUGCACACUCCUUAAAAAAAAAAGGAGGCAUGCCCAGCCCUCAUCUCUCACGCCGUUUUUGUGAGCCGCUAAACUGACAAACACUUCCUCAGAGAGAGGUACGUCCUGGGUUCUGUCACCCUCAUCUGGCUGGGCGCAGGAAAGAGACUCGUGCUGCCAUCCUCUGAUGAAUCCUGAGGAGUAUUUGUCACUGUUGGGUUGAACUGGACAGUCAACCCUAGUUGACCACUGAGAACUAAACGCCAGGGACGUGUUGACCAUCACAGGCCUGAACCGACUCGUGUACAGAUGCUGUUUUCACAUACCCAAUGUCACCUUCACGCAUAGCAAUCGAUAGCCUCGUAACGUGUGUAUUUAUCCUUCAGAAUUUGUACAACUACACUCUCGAGAUAACAUAUCUUCAAAAAAAAAAAGGUCAUUUUGUAAUUCUGGAUUUCUUGCCGAUGAAUGCUUAAUAAGAUGUCUCUGUAAAAUUGUAUGCUGUAAAAUCUUUUUAGGUCUAAUUUAAACAUGUCGGUCAUUUCCAAGUGUUUGUUUUGUGUAAAUUGGAUUCUGAAUGAACGGUGGAGGUAGUUCCUCAGCACUUUGAAUAAUCGCCCCGUGAUUUUAAAGCUGAGGUCAGAUACGCAAACUAUUAGCCGGAGGUGAAAUAACUCUAUGUACUCCUUGUCAGGUGAACGGCGUUUGGUUAUCAUUAAAUGUGCACGCAUGUCCAGCCACCUCUUUUUUUGUUUUCCCUUUUGAGACUGAAAAGUGUUUUGUGAUACACAGGAAGCCAUUGGUCAUUCCUCAGGAAGGAGCGGGUUCAGAUAUAGCAGUAAUACUCCGGGCUUACUGGACUAGAGGUGUUGCAGGUCUUGUCAUAAAGAGAUUUGAAGUCUUCCAUUGGAAGGGAAAUGGAAGCUGUUUCUAGUUUCUUUUUUCACUUGCCAUUGGGCAGAAAGAUCCACGAGCAUAAAACCUCCGGAUUGGACCUUUACCUACUGUUUGAAAACAAUGACUGGGUGGAGGCAUAUUGUCAGUGUUGUUGUUUUCUCCAUAGCUUCAGUGCUGUGGAUUUACUGGACCUAUAGUGUGUAAGACACCACACAGAAAUGUUGAGUGAGACUGUUAAAGAAAAAUUGAAUGUCACAUCCAAUCCUGAGGUUCUAUUCUCUUGGAAUUGAAUCAGAGGAGUCUUGCCAGUAGCAAGAGAUGGUCGUUGGGAGAAGAAGUAGUGUUUUGCACUAAAAAGUGCCCCUAUUAUGGGUUAUGAAAGGUUCAUAUUUUGGUUUUGGGGAAUCCCCAACAACAGGUUGACAUGCAUGCAAGGUCAAAAAAACACUUUCAUCGUCUUUUAAUAUGCAUUUAUUUUUACCUUAAUUGCUCAACGACUCCCAAACAAUUCGUUCAGUGAUUCAUUUUUCCAAACCCCUCCUUUGUGUGACGCUAAUCUGCAGUGCACUGGACCAUUUGGUCUCAUUUUCACUUCAUCAUGCCUGUAAUGCCUCGUAAAGCAGCAUUUGUGAGUGCAGUGCUGCUUUGUGUAUAGCAUUACUGGGGAAAUCGCUAUUUUUACAGCUCCAAAAGUGGCACCUAGUGGUAAAGAAUGAAUUUGCAUUUUCAUUCAGACCAACAGGAAAAGACCAACAAGUGGGCGGGCAACAUGCUAAUGUUAUAUGUUGACAUCAAUGAUUCAGUCGACUAUUUCUUUUGAGAGACAAUAGACUUUAUACACGGUGCACUUUCAGAUUUAAAACUUUGCAGGAUGUUUUCAUUCACUUAGAGCUGUGUUAAACACUGCAUGAAAGGUAAUUUAAAAAAAAUCCAUAAUAGGGGCACUUUAAAAAAUAUAUAAAGCCCUAGGCAGGAAAUCAUUGUGAAAGGCCUUUUUUUUUUUCUUCUUUUGGUUCAUUUUAUUUCCAUAUGCGUGCAUACUCUGUAAGUUGUGCAAAAUAUUGUACUUGCACUAGCUUUUCUAAAAAGAAAACUAAUAUAAAAAAAAAAUUGAAUUGAAAUUCUAUUUUCUAAUUGUGGUGUGUCUAUUUGUAGGAUACACUCACGUUGUUUCUUGGAUUUUUUUGGUCCCUUUCUUUGUUGGUGCUUGCCGGUUUUCUAGUUAGAACUUAUUUCAUUAUUCUGAACAACAAAACAAUAUUUGAUUCAGGUUGUGAACAAAUUUGUUUAAAAAAGAAAUUGUCUGUAUACCAGUACAAGUUUAUUGUUGCAGUAUACACGUACUAAUAAAAAUUAUAGUGCCAAUUGCAAACUGCA